AUUAGUCCUCCGCAAGUCAGUCGCGUUAGUUAGUUCCUCGGAUCAGGACGUGCUUGCUAGUCGUGCAAGUCUCGAAGUGCCGGGUUUUUAGGAAGUGCUCCAGAAUCCUGCAGGAUAUUUGCAGUAGUUUUGUGUAUAUUCAUAAGUGUGUUAUUUCGAUUCGUUAAUUGGUCGUUACGAAACCAAACCAGCAAACAUGUGGAAGUUAUCGGCUCUCGUGGCCGUAGUGGGACUUUGUGCGGUGGCAAGUGCUACGACAAAGCUGCAGGAACGUUACAACUGGAAGCAGCUGGACUUUGUGUUCCCGAAUCAGCGGAUGAAGCAACAAGCUCUGGCCAGUGGGGACUAUGUUCCAACGAAUGGCCUGCCGGUCGGAAUUGAGCACUGGGAGAAUAAGCUGUUUGUGUCGGUGCCUCGAUGGAAGGAUGGCAUUCCCUCAACGCUCAAUUACAUCGACAUGAGCCAGACGCCCUCGGGCUCCCCGGCCCUGAUCCCGUACCCAGACUGGUCCAGCAACGUAGCCGGAGACUGCCAGAACGGUCUUUCGACGGUGUACCGUAUUAAGGCCGACAAGUGCGGUCGCCUGUGGGUCCUGGACACCGGUACCGUUGGAAUUGGAAACACCACCCAGCAGCUGUGCCCCUAUGCCCUGAACAUCUUUGACCUGAAGACCAACCGCCGGCUGCGUCGUUACGAACUUCGCCCUGAGGAUACUAAUCCAAACACUUUCAUCGCCAACAUUGCCAUCGAUAUGGGACGCUCGUGCGAGGAUACCUUUGCCUACAUGUCCGAUGAGCUGGGAUACGGCUUGAUCGCUUACUCAUUCGAAAAGAACAAGUCGUGGCGAUUCGCCCACAGCUUCUUCUUCCCAGAUCCUCUGCGUGGUGAUUUCAACGUUGCUGGAUUGAACUUCCAAUGGGGUGAGGAAGGUAUUUUCGGCAUGUCCCUGUCUCCUCUGCAAGCCGAUGGCUACCGAACCAUGUACUUCUCACCACUUGCCAGUCAUCGGGAGUUCAUGGUAUCUACUAAAACCCUCCGCGAUGAAGAACGCGUCGAAGAGAGCUUCCACGACUUCCAGUACCUGAAGGAACGAGGACCCAACAGUCACACCACAUCUCGAGUUAUGAGCGAAUCCGGCCUGCAGCUGUUCAACUUGAUCGACCAGAACGCCGUUGGAUGCUGGCACUCGUCUCUACCAUACAGUCCCGAGUACCACGGAAUUGUAGAUCGCGAUGAUGUCGAGCUCGUUUUCCCCGCCGAUGUCAAGAUCGAUGAAGAAGAAACCGUCUGGGUCAUCUCCGAUCGUAUGCCAGUGUUCCUGAUUGCCGAACUAGACUACAGCGAUAUCAACUUCCGAAUUUUCAGCGCACCUUUGCGUUCACUCAUCGCAGGCACUGUUUGUGACAUUCAACCAGCCAGCACUGUACAGCCAAACAUUCGAGCUCAGUUCACGAAUUCCUACAUCCAACCCAAGUUCGGAGAAGGUGAGAUCUCUUCCUACCCAGGAACCACAGCUCUGAUCCCAUCGACCUACUCCCAGCCGAUCAGCUAUGCUCCAACUUCGGCUCCAACCAUCAAAUACACCUCGUCAUCCGUUGAUUACCCGAACUCGCACAUGUACUCCUCGCAGCAAUACCCUACCACGGCAAAGGCCUAUCACUUCAACAAAUACCAUGGAGUGGAGUACCAGUCCCACGGAAAUGGGCACGGAAACUACCACCAGCACGACAACGGCCACUAUCACCAUCACGAUCAUUCGGGACACUUUGGCCAUCGCUACUGGGGCGGACCCAGCAAGAACCACAAGGACGAAACGUUGAAGCAGUACUUCUACUAAGUGAGAAGCGAGCCACACACUUUUACACCAAGCGUAUUAAGCGGGCACUCAAACCUUAGGAUUACUUAUAGAAGAGCCAAGUGCAAUCGACGUCGUCUGCGACGAUUUGUUAGGGAAAUUUAGGUAACUUAUUUGUAACAUGCGACCUCAUCAGUAGUAGCUAUAAAUGAUGUGAAAAAUUUGAAAUAAAUUGACAUCGACACGAGAUGUAUCGGGAUGUUUA